AAUUUCGCGAAUGCAGUCUGUAUUUAAAGUAUGAACAACAGCUGUGAUCGCUUUGCGCAGUCAAAAAAUAUGCGACACGAUGCGUCCAGUACAGCACAUAUAGUGCAGCUGCACAGCUAGCUGUCUGCGUCUGACGUUUCGCAUUCAUCUACAAAAGAAGUACUGGACCAGGAUUUAAGAGUUUUUCACGACUCAGAAACAAACAGCAUGUUGUAAAGAAAGCCUCUGAUGCAUGGAAAUGACCUUGUGAUGCAGCUGUGUGUCUGACUGAUUUUGACCAUUUUUGCUGUUUUGGACUCGAGCCAAGCAACAUGGGAAGAAACAUGUGAGGUCAACCAAGAAACUCGAGGCGCAUUGCCGAAGCUGGGGGUCGUGAAAAUGGACACGGCAGAACUUGAAGAGGAAAAGUACAGUGAACCAAAAAUUAAAGGGGUUAUCAAAAUCCAAGCUGAGGAGCGAGUGAGGAAGACCUCGUCAGACCUGCGCAGAGAGAUCAUUGACUUGGGCAGCAUCCAUAACUUCACCGAGCUGCGGAAGAUGAGGAAGAACCGGAAGAAGAAAGAAGCGCCUGCUCCUGAGAUGGAGCCUGAGGAGAUUACAGGACCCAUUGAUGUCCCAAAAUUCCUGAAAGCAGCUGUCAAAGGGAAAAUAAAAAUCAUUGAGAAGUUCCUUGAGGACGGUGGCAACCCAGAUUCAUGUGAUGAGUUUAAAAGGACAGCCUUGCAAUGGUCAUCUCUCAAGGGUCACACUGAAAUCGUUCAGAAACUCUUGGACAAAGGCGCCAAUGCCAACUUCAGAGACAGGCUGGACUGCACUGCUGUGCACUGGGCUUGUCGAGGUGGUCGGCUGGAUGCCCUCAAGUCUCUGCAGAACAGUGGAGCUGACCUCAAUGUGAAGGACAAGCUCAUGAGCAGUCCACUGCAUGUGGCCACCAGGACUGGCCGUUACGACGUUGUGGAGCAUCUGAUAGCCAGCGGGAUUAAUGUCAACGCCAAGGACAGGGAAGGCGAUACCGCUCUGCAUGAUGCAGUCCGUCUAAACCGAUACAAAAUCGUCAAACUGCUCAUCAUCCACGGAGCCAACAUGAUGGCCAAGAAUGCGGUGAGUGAGAGAAAGCAAGACCCAGAGUGCCAGCUAGUGGAUGCAUACGGAUGGGAAGACCCCCACAGAGCUGGUGAAGCAGUGGCAAUUUGACACCAAGGAUGUGCUGGAGGGACUGGUUCAGAGCAAAGACUCUGAGGCAGAGAAACAGGCCUAGAGAGGGUGUAGAGGAGAGAUUAAUAAGGGGAAGAUGAGGGCUGAGAAACCCAAAGGAGAACUAUGUCCAAUAGUUGGCUGGUGGUGUAUUUCAGCCCCCCAUACUGGGUAUUGAUGAUUGUUAACUUCAGUUGUGAGAGCUGUGAUACAUGCAGUAUAUUCAUUCCCCAAUCCAUUAACAAUGUGUGUG